AUGGCUACAAAUGACUCGUAUGGUGGAUAUGAACAAGAAAGAUUUGCCGAUAAAGUUCAUCCAAGAUUUGAAUGUCCUAUAUGUUUUACGAUAUUUAAAGAUCCUGUUCAAUGUCCAAACGAACAUUAUUUCUGUCGCACUUGUAUCGAAAGAUACUUGUUAACUUCUGAUAAAUGUCCUGAAUGUCGAUGUCAUCUCACUAAGGAGACAUUAAAGACAGCGAGGUUCAUUAGGGAAAUGUUAGAAGAUCUUGAUAUUCGCUGUGCGAAUGCCAACCGUGGUUGUCCUGAAAUUAUGAAGCUUCAAUUUCUCGAACGUCAUGAGAAGAACUGUGGUUAUUCACCUACACCUUGUAGAAAUGAAGGUUGUGACGAAGUCAUCAAUAAAAACGAGAUUGAAGAACAUGAAAGGGAACGAUGUGAGUUCCGUCUCAUCGAUUGUGAAGAAUGCAAAAUGAUUCUCGUAUUUAAGUAUCGAAGAUCUCAUCCAUGUUUUAUGAGGAAAGAGAUUGACGAGUUGACCAAAAGAUUGGAGAUGUUUCAAAAGAGUCAAGAUGACAGGGCAAAGCAUGUUGAAGAGCGAGUUAGGUUGAAUCAUGAAAUGGUGACUCAUGUCGAAGAACAAGUGAGGUUGAAUCGUGAUGAAAUGGCGAGUCAUGUAGAAGAGCAAUUGAGGUUGAGUCGUAACGAAAUGACGUUUCUUACAACAGAAACGACAGAAAGAUAUAAUUUUCUUACAGGAAAAGUAAAGAUUUUUGUUUGCGGAGGUUAUGAUGGCAAGAAUAUUUUGAAUUCAGUCGAGUCUUUCAACUGGGAUUUAAAUUGUUGGCAACAGGAACCAAAAAUGAAUGAAGAACGAUCUGUAGCAGCUGCAUUUGUUCAUGGUCGAGAAAUAUUUAUCAGUGGUGGUUGCAAUAGGAAACAAUUCUUUGGAAACAUCGAGAGUUUAAAUGUGGAUGGAAAAUUGGAAUGGCAAAUAUCUCCUGUCAUGUUACCAAGAAAGUGUAAUGGACAUAGUUUGGUUUAUCAUAAUGAUAAUGUGAUUAUGAUUGGUGGAUGUAAUGAAAACGAAGACUUUGAUACACUCUAUAGUAUUCAACUAAAUCCUCCACCUACAACAAAAUUACUGGCGCGAAUGCCAAAGAUAAGAUGUUUCCAUGGCUCAAUUAUCAUUGGCGACGAUGUUUUAGUAUUUGGUGGGGAAACAUCUGCACAAUGGAAUAAAAUCAAAAACUCUGUUUAUUCAUACAGUCUCAGUAAAAAAGAAUGUAAAACCUUGGCUCCACUUCCAUAUGCUGUAAGUGCCAUGGGUAUAGUAAGUUAUAGAGGUAAUGCAAUUUUGAUUGGAGGUGCAAAUGAUAAAGGUGAAAUAUUGGAUAAAUCUUUUAUGUACGAUGUGAAAACAGGACAAACUACAAUGCUUCCUUCACUUAAUCAUAAAAGAUCUGGAUGUUCAGCAGUUAUCAUUGGAAAUAUUAUUGUUGUGGUUGGGGGACAUGAUGGUGAAUUGUAUCUUAAUUCAGUUGAAUGUCUUGAUAUGAGUACAAACGUUUGGAGAGAACUACCUCCUAUGAUGACCAAACGAAGUUUUGCUGCUGCUGUUGUUUCACCAAUUUAUUAAAAAUUUCAUUACUAAAACAUACAGGUUUUAUGUUUUACUAAAAUAAUUUUUGGUAGUCAUAAAAUGAAACAACCAUUUUAAAAACAUAAGUCUACAGUUUAAAGUACAACGUUUUUCCUCGAAUAGGGCGCCUACCUUUUUUAUUAAAGCCAUUUAAAGAAAUGUCAAUUUUCAUGAUGAGAUUUAUAUUACUGAUAAACUGUUAACAUGUACGUAACUUAUAAUGCAAUGUAAAUAAUUACCUUAAAGUUUCUAAAAACAUAUUUUGCAACAGCAUGUUAAUUAUUCUUAAUAACUGUCACACAUGUACACAGAUAUAGCUACCUAGGUCAUGAUUGUCACACAUGUACACAGAUAUAGCUACCUAGGUCAUGAUUGUCACACAAGUACACAGAUAUAGCUACCUAGGUCAUGAUUGUCACACAUGUACACAGAUAUAGCUACCUAGGUCAUGAUCGUCACACAUGUACACAGAUAUAGCUACCUAGGUCAUGAUCGUCACACAUGUACACAGAUAUAGCUACCUAGGUCAUGAUCGUCACACAUGUACACAGAUAUAGUAGACAAAAGUUUGCUGUCAAUUAGAUGUUUGACCCGUCCUAAAUGAUGAUUGAAAAAUUGAUUUCGCAAAUGUAUCCUACGAGUUUAGGAAGAAACAGUAGCUUGUACCUUACUUGAUGAUAUUAAAUGUAUUUUUUUGUACGAUUGCUUAUGUAUAGUACUUUGCUUGGCGCUGACAUUCCAAAUUAUAAUAUAUAUUUCUGCACAAACUA